GACUGGAGGCUGAUUGGCCAGGCCUGCGGCCAGCCCUUCCCUAUUCAUUCAGGAAGCAGCUCUGGGCUGUCCCAGUGGCUGGACAGCCCCUCAGGUAUCCCUGGGCCCUCCCAGUCAUACCCCACAGGAAAACUUGGCUUGGAGUUAGUUACAUCUCUCCUUUGAAGGACAGAAAGGAACAAACCUUUCGUGUUGUGCUGUAAGGGAACAAGAUGGUCCUUAAAACCGAAGAGGAAGACGUUCCCAGUGACCUGACUGCCGAGGAGCGGCAAGAGCUGGAGAACAUCCGACGACGCAAGCAGGAGCUGCUGGCCGACAUUCAGAGGCUGAAGGAUGAGAUAGCAGAAGUAGCUAAUGAAAUUGAAAACCUGGGAUCCACAGAAGAAAGGAAAAACAUGCAGAGGAACAAACAGGUAGCCAUGGGCAGGAAAAAAUUUAACAUGGACCCUAAGAAGGGGAUCCAGUUCUUAAUAGAGAAUGAUCUGCUGAAGAACACGUGUGAAGACAUCGCCCAGUUCUUGUACAAAGGCGAAGGGCUCAACAAGACAGCCAUCGGGGACUACCUCGGGGAGAGAGAUGAGUUUAACAUCCAGGUUCUUCAUGCGUUUGUGGAGUUGCACGAGUUCACCGACCUUAACCUUGUCCAGGCGCUACGGCAGUUCCUGUGGAGCUUCCGGCUACCGGGGGAGGCGCAGAAGAUCGACCGCAUGAUGGAGGCGUUCGCCCAGCGCUACUGUCAGUGCAAUAACGGGGUCUUCCAGUCCACGGACACUUGUUACGUCCUCUCCUUUGCCAUCAUCAUGUUGAACACCAGCCUGCACAACCCCAAUGUCAAAGAUAAGCCCACAGUGGAGAGGUUCAUCGCCAUGAAUCGAGGCAUCAACGAUGGGGGAGACCUGCCUGAGGAGCUGCUCCGGAAUCUGUAUGAGAGCAUAAAAAAUGAACCCUUUAAAAUCCCAGAAGAUGAUGGGAAUGACCUCACGCACACUUUCUUCAACCCCGACCGAGAAGGCUGGCUAUUGAAACUCGGAGGUGGCAGGGUAAAGACUUGGAAAAGACGCUGGUUCAUUCUGACUGACAACUGCCUUUACUACUUUGAAUAUACCACGGAUAAGGAGCCCCGCGGCAUCAUCCCUUUAGAGAAUCUGAGUAUCCGGGAAGUGGAGGACUCAAAAAAACCAAACUGCUUUGAGCUGUACAUCCCCGACAACAAAGACCAAGUGAUCAAGGCCUGCAAGACCGAGGCAGACGGGCGCGUGGUGGAGGGGAACCACACUGUGUACCGCAUCUCAGCCCCCACGCCCGAGGAGAAGGAGGAGUGGAUCAAGUGCAUUAAAGCAGCCAUCAGCAGGGACCCUUUCUACGAGAUGCUUGCAGCGCGGAAAAAGAAGGUCUCUUCUACGAAAAGACACUGAGCGCAGCCCAGGGCGUCAGCCGAGAGGCCCGUCUCCCGCCCGUCUCCGCCCGUCUCCCGCCUCGCAGACGCGCCGCUGACGGGCGUCCUCUCCGCCGGGCCCCGCCCCAGUUCCUAGAGACUAGCUUCAGCUUUUGCUAUUUUUUUUUUAAAUGGGAGAAGGGUGGGCAGUUAUUACUGGGAAGAGGGGCCUCCUGCCUGUCCAGCAUGGGUUCCUGAACCUUCUGUCUCAGCAGAGCAGAGCUGCUGUGGGCAGAGCAGCCUCCUGCCGGUCUCCGCUCAGCGGGUCUGAUAGCAGGGCUCGGAGCGGACUGUUUACCUCUUGGUGGUUUCCCCGUGAAGCAGCCUUCACCCCUGCACCGUAAAUACAUGUAUUGAUAUGUUAUUCUAUGUUAAGAAAAUGGUGGAAAGGAAGAGAAGCCACGUACUAUAAAGAUCUAUUUUUGUUUUUUUUUUUUUUUUUGUAAAAAAAAAAAGAGCAUAGCACUGUUCGGGUGCAUCUGCCCGUCUGGUUCGGGGAGCUUCACCCUAGAGAGGAGCUCCCUGGGCCGCUGCUGCGGUGUCAGCCUGGGCAGGGCAGACCGCCCCCCUGUGCUCCAGAGCCGGGGGGAGCUCGCUGCCGGGUGCUCGUCUGGGCGAGGGGGUGACAGGGAGGGUGCUGUAGAGGACACAGAGGGUGCAGCAGGCGCAGCGAGAUCUCCGGGUGACGCGGUCAGGCUGCGGGCCUGUUGGCCGGGCGCGGCGGCCGCAGCAGGUGCAGGUCGCAGCUCCGGCAGCUGCUGUUCCAUCCCAAGUGCCUGCGGGGCGCCGAGGAGAGGAGACGAGUGACUGGAUGCUUGCGUUGUUUCUCUCCUUCAGAAUCCAAGUUCUUGUUGGGCUUUAAAGUAGAAAGUCAGCAUUUUCCUUGAGCUAAAUACCUAAUAACCAAAACUGUGAGGAAGGUUAUCCCGCCAGAGGGUCCGGGAUGACCUGACUGUUUCAUAUUUGGUUUUUCUUCUCUUCCCCAAACUCCAGUCCUCGUUGUAGAGGAAGGAGUAGGUCCUGCCUGAGCCCCUUGGGGUUUCAGCUUUUUCUGCCUCAGCCGGCCCUAACUGGACUACUCUGGAAGCUUUGGGGUGGGUCCCCGCGAGGGGAAGCGGGUCUCUGCUCAGAGGGUGCAGUGGGACAAGAGGGCCAAGGUCAGCCUCUUGGAACCCUUUUCCCCAUGGGGCAUGUGAGCGAGUGGCCCGCCCGCCCAGGCCAGCACUCUCCUGCCGUUCUCUCAGGGACUCUCCAGGGCGGCUCCUGCCACCCAGCCAGGCCAGCGUGCCGGUCUGGGCAGAGCAGGUGGCUGCCAGCCAUCUCCACGACCCUGGGCCGGGCUGGCGCAGAGCGCUGCCGCCAGGAGGCAGGUGAGGAGCCGCGGAUCUCCGCAGGGCUGUGUCACCGUGGCUCCUCUGAUCUCUUUCGUGUUGGUGAGCAUCUCUGGAAAUAGCUUCUGCCAGAGCAGUGGUGGGAGCAGUGUGGGGGGACAUUCUGGCACCCCCCUCCGUGUAGAUCCUACCUGCCAUGGCUUCGGGUGCUCUUAGGCCGGAGCUUGUGAAGGUGACAGAAGAGGGUCCAGGCUGAAAACCGGAACUUUCUGGGUGGGAGAACCAGGGCAGUGCCCGCUGAAUCCUGGGUGGCGUCAGGGUUGGUGCCAAGCCUGUCUGGGUGGCCCGAUCCCUGGCACUGGUUCUCACAAAUGCUUGUAGACAGAACGGCCCCUGGAUCAGUAUUAGUCUAUUUAUCAGAGGUGUAAAUAAUCCAUGUAUAGUUUUUCUCCUUUUAGAUUAUUUUGUAUUUGUUUAAAAAAAGUUUUGUCAAAAUAUAAAAUAUAAAGAAAUGACUGAAAGUUGUUGACAGGGUUUUUAAAAAAUUAUAAUUAUUCCAAUUGUUUUUGUUUGUUUUUGCCUUGUACACUAGCGCCAAGGAACCGCAGCAAAUAAACUCCAAGUCUGCCCAA